GUUCUCUUUUAUGACCAGGUUCUGCUACUUACUUUUCCCCUAGAACGCCCGACUUUCAUUCGGGAGUAUCUCUCCGGUAUGUACUCUGCGGUAACCUACUUCUUGUCAAAGUCCUGUGUGGAAAUUCCGGUAGCAUUCGUCCAAACGGGAGUGUCAGUGACAAUACUCUACAAUAUGAUGG